AUGGCCACCUCUGCCGCCGAUGCCGCCGCCACCGUUCCCCCGUAUCCUGGUUGGGUUCUCCUCGAAAAGGAGGGCUACGACGACGACGACCUCGACCUCGACGGCGCCACCAGCGCUACGGGCAAGACAAUCGGCGGUCGCGACGUCACGGUGGCCUUCGUCCUUGUGCCUCCGCCGGAAGUCUCCUACUUCUGCGUCCACCUCUCCAAGCUCGAGGGCGAGGACGAUCUCGACCUCGACUUGCAGCCCUCGUUUGUCUUCUCAGCUAAGGGUUUCGUCCUCUUCCGUUUCUCCUUCGCCAGUCGGACCGAUGACAGCUCCAAUCUCGUCCAGUACUUCGUGUACAAGGCAGGGGGCGGCAAACCGUCGCUCGAGCCUAUCCCGUCAACUCCCCUAUGUUGCAUCAGGGAUUCUACAGGCUUGAGCGUCGUUCCCUGCCCCGACGACGAGGACACCUAUGUCCUCGCCGAUCUCUCUGUGGGUAGUGACCUUGGGCACUACGACCUCCACGUUUACUCGUCCAAGACGCGCCAGUGGAGCACCACGCCGUUGCAGCUACCGGAAUCUCCUGCCGUCAGGUCAAAUGACGACCUGCCUUGUCAAUUCCACAAGGCUAUCGGGCUUGCAGCACAUGAGGUAGGCUGGGUAGACCUCUGGCGUGGCAUUGUCACCUGCAAGGUGCUUGAUAAAGACCCACUUCUCCGACUCAUCCCUCUUCCCAAACCGCACGUGGACAUCCUGCAAGGCGAACCGGGGUUGAUCCGGGAUGUCACCUACUGUAAUGGGCUCUUCGAGUUCAUUGAGAUGCAACAUUUUUUCAGACCAGUUAAAGUUGUUAGUAGUAUCAUCCAUGAUUCCAGGCCCCUCCUUGGACUUGUAGUGGAUGAAGGUAUUACGGUCCCUGAUGGUUGGGUCAUCCGGACAUGCUGUAGGGUUGAUCCAUCGGACUUUUGGUUCAGGGCAUACACUGUUCAUGUUGAUGACUUCGCAGUGGAUUCUACUAUAUCGUUCCCUCGGAUGUGGGAUGCUUGUGCUCACGACAAGGAAUCGACAUUUAGGAACCUGACAACACAUUGGCCGACCUUUGGCGUUCCUGGUGACAGACUUGUCUACCUGCUAUCCAAGGUGAAAAUGGAUGAUGACAACACAUGGAUUGUUGGUGUUGACCUUGCCAAGAAGAUGGUGAAACUAAUUCAACCCUGUGAUGACUUGGGAUAUGCCUGUAUCCAACCAGCCUUUGUUCCCUCUACAUUCUCCUAUUAUCUGAAUACAACUCCAGGUGAUUUUUCACCCACAUUGAUAAACCACUCAGAGAAGACUGCCAACAAUGCAAAAGUCGAUGGCGAUGGCGAUUCCUGUGUACGUGAAAUAAAUAUACAUCACGACCAAAGGUCAUGGGUUGGGGACAACACAUCUGCACCAAGCGGAGCUUGGAAUUCUGGGGAGAACAAUCUGACACUGAAUCAUGAAUCUGCUGAUGUACAACGGACAAGGUUACUACAGGACUUGGAUUCCAUUUUGUUUGCAUCAGGAUCAGGGUAUAUUCCGAUGAAACAAGAACUGGAAACUGAUGCUGAUGGCAAUUUAUGGCUCUCUUUGCCACUGGAAGACCUCUUGUCACUGCUUCCACGACUAGGACCUGAUACUGCAUCCUUGACAAGAAUGCUGUCUUGGCAUGAUGAUUGCGGCUGCUGGUAA